AUGACAACUCAAGCCUUAGAAGAUAUUACGGAGAGGCUUCUCAUAAGGUCGCAGGAGGCUAUCUUGCAAUUAGAUCUCUGGAUACAGCGUCAGCAGCGAUCAUCAGUAUGCCAGACAACAGAUCAGGAAUUAUUGGAUAAGGUAUCUAAACAGUACAACCAGUACAUGUCUCAGCUGAAUUCUUUGUAUGUAAGGUCAGAAUCUGUUCGAGACAAGCUGAGUAAGGAACAACAACGCAGGUUGAUCACAGAAGACAAUGAGCAUCAACGCAUUGAAGACUUGGUUCGUGAAUUCCAGGAUAUCACUCUGAGAUUAAACGAGCUGGCCACAGCCCCGAAUGAGGUAGCUAACGAUUCUCCGCAAUCCCAGUCGACGAGAAGUAGUCUGGAAUCAUUUCAACCUCGGCCAUUGAAGAUCAUUGAGAGACAGCGUUUAUGUAUGGUAACCCCAUCGAAACCGCCCAAAAAGUCAGUAGGUUUUAACCCCAUUAAUGACGUCGAUUGCCCGUCCAAGACAAAUUCUUUGCCGUGCUCACCUAAAAAACAACCUGCUAAAAACCACACUUUACGUGCUGCCAAGUCCCAUGAUACUGGCUUGAAUAAAAGUAAAAAACCUUCUUCCGCCGAUGCAUACGAGUCUUUUUUUAAAAAUAGACAAAGACUCUCUUUGACCUUCUUUGAUGAAAUGGAUGAUGAAGACUUUGAUUCAGAUCAGGAUACUGUUAUUUUGCCAAAUAUAAGUACCCCUCCACACGUGAAUGUGACUGCAAAAGGUGCUGAAUUUGAACCAUUAAGAAGAUAUAACUCACACGAAAGUAUACUGUCUAAUAAGCCGGCUCCCCUUAUGUCCCACAGUUUAGGAAGUUUUCCGGUCUCAUUCUUUAAACCGUCUAACCCAACUUUUGGGACUUCGAUAUCCAAUGUGCAAGCAAACUGCCAUCCAACGAUUACGGCAACAAUGGCUCCCAGACGAAAUGGAGUUCACGCACCAAGUUCAAAGGCGUUAUUAUCAUCAUUUAUCGGACGGUCAGAGAGGCCGAUGGUAAAACAGAAUACCCCAAAUCUAAAGCAUGUAUCUCUCUUGGAUAAAUUCAAUUCAUCAUUAACAACAAUAUCAGAAUCUUUUCAAAGUAAGAAAAAAAAGAAUAAGGACUUGAACGAUGAACGAAUAUCAAGUCUGGACCACAUUGGAGCACACGACCGAAAUAAUUGCAUUAUGGAUAUGAGUGUCUCUAUAGAAGAACUACAAGACGCUUUGAAUACAGAGCUGCUGCUGUAA